AAUGGGAAAUUCAGUUUGAUGAUUCGAGCAACGGCUGGAGGCGUGUUCACAACAAGAUAUGUCAUAUCGAUGACUAUUCGAGAGUACGGCAACUCAUUCAGAUGUCAAAUCAUCGCUUGUUUUCUAUAUUUACGGAUUUCUCAGUUCAUUUUGCUAUAAGUGUACAGCUUUAAAAUCGGUUUGCAAUCAUAUACAGUUCAUUACGGAAACUGUAAGUGAGUUGAAAUUUUGAAUAGACUGAAAAACUGAAACAUUCAACAUGGCCAGCCCAUCUGGGCGUUCAAGUACAACAACUGUUGUAGAGGAUGACAGCUCUGAAACUGAAGCUAAUGUCUCCGAGCAAGCAGAGGGCAUUAUACGUAGUUUUAUGUCACAGAGGCUUCACAUGGCCUUGAACAACGAGGAGGAGGAUGUUAUUGUGGCAACACCAAGCCUAGCUGAAUUUACUGUUCCUGGUGAUCCAUUCAGUGCCUCAACAAACAUCGGUCGACGUCUCGCCCAAAUGGGUGACCAAAUUGACUCGCAGUACAGAGAAGAGUUUAGGCAGAUGAUUAGUAAUCUGCACAUCACACCGGCAACUGCAUACCAGGCCUUUGCAGGUGUUGCACGAAGAUUGUUCUGUGAAGGAAUAAAUUGGGGCAGAAUAGUUGCUCUUCUAAUGUUUGGUUACAGAAUCGCUAUCGACGUAGCCAGAAAUGCUUCUCACUUUAUAAAAAAUAUAAUCCAGACACUGGUUAAAUUCAUAAUAUCCGAAAAGAUAGCGAAGUGGAUCGCAGAUCAAGGUGGCUGGAUAAGUGCACUCUCCUACCAGAUGGAGCAAUCGAGCUGGGAAGCAAUCGGCCUAGUCUCUGGCUUGGCUGCCUUAUCAGUAAUUGCAGUGAUCUACAUUUCCAGAAGGUAAAAUAUCACAUGUGAUAGAUUUGCUAGGUCAGAAUCACUGCAGAACAUUUACCACAAACAAAGACAAUAUUCUGCCCUGCAAGAAUUGACAAAGAAUGUGUUUGACGAUGCCACUGAACACAGAUGUUGGAUGCAAAUUUUCAGGGCAGUUGAUUUUUAACAUAUUUAGUGUGUGGUGAAAUAUAUACGGAUGUUACUGACGCAGAUCUCAGGUAAACCUCUGCAGGAAGUUGAAGGCACUGUCCUUUAAAGGUUGUUGAAACUAGUGGAAGUAAUUUAGUACAUGUUCUUAAUACUGACCUUCCUGUAGCAUCUGUAAAUUUGACAGCAUCAACACAACUAGAAAAUGAAGUUAUGAAUAAGUCAGUAUUCACACUUUUAAUUAUUGAAGGUAAUUGACCGUUAAGGUUGGUUGUGAUUCAGGAAAAAAAUAAAUAUUUAAUUGCUUUUUUUUCCUGUAAAAUGUAAUGUUUUGAAAUUUUCUCUCAACAUUUUUAUGGAUAGAGUUUUUUCAAUGAAAUAUGUAUCCUGAUUUUGCAAAAACUUUCAUUUAUUUACAAUGUUGAUUAAGUUGGUUUUGCAUUUAAGUCAUUUUAGAAGUAGAUGAGUUAUCUUGAUACAUUAUGUGCCAGUACGGAAUGUUAAGUAAAAUGUGUUUACUUAGUAAAUUUACAUUCCAAUAGCCCAAAAUUGGGGGAUUUUUCAGCCAUCACAAUUCUACUAUCUCUUCUUGAUCCCUUCUCUACAAUUAAAAACCUGUAUUAUGUACAAAAAAGGUUAGUAUAGAAUAUUUUUCUUUCUUUCUUUCUUUUUUUUAUCAAUAAUACAGUUUGAUGUUACAUAAUUAUAAUAUAUUUUCUUUUGUAAAAAAAUGGAACACAGUUCUGAGCAUGGCGCUAUUAAUAGGUCCAUGUUCUGAGGACACAAAUGUUCUACCCUUUCCCCAUGGACCUUAUUAAUAGGUCCAUGCUUUCCCUAUGAUAUGCAUAACAAUUCAGAAACUACACUUCUAGCUUAGGUAUCGCAAUGUACAGUAACUAUCAUAGCUUUAUAUGCAUUGCCGUCAUUAUCAAUAUUGCUAUCAAUGUCAUCAGCAGAAUUAUCAAUACAUAUUUUGUUCAAAAUUUAAAAAAAUAUUAUUAUUAUUAUUAUUAUUAUUAUUAGAUUAGAGAACAGUUUAAAAAAGGACGUUAAGGGUAAAAUAACUCAAAAGAUAUUGCCCUUAAGUCUGACUUAGCACAUAUUAUUAUUAUUGUUAUUAUUAUUAUAAUUAUUAUUAUUAUUAUUAUUAUCCACAUCAUCUCUUUAAACAUCCAAUGGAACAUGAACAUUCCAGUUAAGUGUUUUUUUAAGCCGUCUAAUCAGAUUAUAACAACCAUUCUGUGGCUAGACUUGCUCUCCAAAGAAGGCUUCACUGAUAUGCUACCUGCAUUUAGCUAGUAAACUUGAAAAAUUAACUCCAAUAUGUGAAUUGCUUGAAGUUAUUAACAUUCAGUUGAGAAUUAGUUGAUGCAAACAUAUACCUGAAUACCGAACAAUACACAAUACGUAUGAUGGGCAAUUCCAUUAUUUAGUUUUAUGGGGGAGGGUAAAAAAUUGAACCUCUGUGAUCUUGUCCUUUGACCUUUUCUUCCCAUAAUUUAAUCAUCUCUUUUAAAUUAUUAUGUAAUAUAACACACCUAAAUAGAUCCUGUCAUUUGAUUGGUGGAUUUCAUAUCAUGUGACAUUGUUUAUUUACUCUAUUUCGUCACUCAUUUUAAUUUAGUUCCACCAUGAAUUUUUACUUCCAUCCACGCAUAUUCAUUCCAUCCGUUUCGCUCCAUGGCACAGUGCCUAGGAUACGAUAUGACUUGAAAAAGGGCAGAUUUUUUCUAUAAAAUACCAAAUGACAAGAAUCUAUUUUAGGUAUGUUAUAAAACUAUUUUUUUAUUCAUGCAAUGGAAAAAAUAUUUUCAUGAGUUGAAAGUUUGACUGUGUCAUUGCAAUCGGCUCCGCCUUGUCGAAUGGAACAGUUAGUCUUUCAACUCAUGAAAAUAUUCUUCCCCUUGCACUAGUAAACAUUCAUUAUUUGUAUACCAUUUCACUAAAUUUGUGUUGGUCUUUUUUUAAUUUUUUGCAUAAUCUCUUUUGCGUAAAGUAAACAGUAAGGGUGAAAAAAUACUGUUGAGAAGAGUGCUUGUUACCUCCUGUUCUACUCAGUACACAAAUAUUUUUUACUUCAUACAUAACCAGCUUAUUUUUCUACCACCAGCCAUUUAAUUGUUUUUGGCUACUUAAAGACUUUGUGCUUAAAUGACCUGAGCCUUGUUAAAUGCUUUUUUUUCAAUGCUGACGAAUGAGCUAUAUGCGCAUGU